AUGGGCUUCACCUUACUUGCUCUUCUCACUGCGUUGGUACUGGCCAGAGGCACGCUCGCGGCCGACAUCGUCGACACUGGAUAUGCUGAAUAUCUGGGAAAUCGAACGUUUCCGAAUGCUGUAGCAUACCUUGGUAUUCCAUAUGCAGAACCGCCUCUCGGUGAACGACGAUUCCGAGCUCCAUUACCUCUCAAUACCACCAGGAUUGCGGAAGAGUCGAAGGGUCAGGUCGUGGACGCUACAAAAUACCCAGAUGCUUGCAUUCAAGGACCGAUUGGGGGAACCGACCAAGGAGGUGCUGGGAGCGAGGACUGUCUCAAGGUCAACAUUUAUGCUCCAGCGGGUGCGAAAAAGGGACAGAAAUUACCUGUGCUUGUCUAUAUCCAUGGAGGAGGAUACAUCUUCGGAAAUCCCAGUAACUGGCCUUUAGAUCAUUGGAUUCGUCAAAGCCCAAAUGUUGUCAUCGUCUCCGUCUACUACCGGCUAGAUGCGUUCGGGUUCCUCACUACUCCAGAGUUCUCUGAUCCAAAGAACGGCGAUCUCAAUGCUGGCUUCUUGGACCAGAUCCAGGCUUUGAAAUGGGUCAAGGGGAAUAUCGCUUCAUUUGGAGGAGAUCCCUCCAAGGUGACAAUCAAUGGGGAAAGUGCUGGGGGUGGAUCGGUGCAACAUCAUCUCGUUGCCAAUGAAGGCGAACGACUUUUCUCCGGAGCUAUCGCACAGAGUGUGUACAGAACCCCAACUCCCACACCUGACCAACAAAAGCCUCUCUUUGACCUCUUCGUGACCCAAGCUAGCUGCAACACAGGUGACCUUACUCAGAAAUUGUCUUGCCUCAGAAAGGCUAGCGUGAGUAUUUUGGCUCGUGCUCAGGAGGCGGCAAGGACCCUCGGCGGUGAAUACAACUCCUUUCAUCCUGUUGUUGAUGGGAAAGUCAUCCUCGGCAAUCCCACUACGCUCAUCAAAGAGGGAAAGUUCACGAAAGUACCUGUGAUUGUUGGCUCGACAUCCAACGAGACCGUGGCCGGCGGUACCGAUCCUGCGGCUACCCUCAAGCGGACGUUCCCUGGCCUCACCGAUGAGGAUGUUCAAGAUAUAUUGGAGGUCGCACCGCUGAGUGACUUUACCAAUCCAGCACAGCAGUUCCAAGUUGUAACCGGAGAAUCGUUGUUAAUAUGCGCACGAGAAGUCAUAGGCGGUGCAUAUUCGACAGCGCCCAAGUCUUGGACAUAUAGGUAUAACCAACGCAAUCCUACCAGUGGUGGCGUCGGAGUUGGUCAUGCUGCCGAGAACUGGAUGAUGUUUUUGGGUACCAACACUGGGGUGAACGGAACGAAUACCUUCACUCCUAUGACCCCAGUUGAGAACGCUUUUGCUGAAGAACUGAUAGCUUACUGGCUAUCCUUUGUGAGAGCUGGCGAUCCGAAUACGUUCAAGUUGUCGAGAUCCCCUCACUGGCCACAAUAUACUCUUGCUGGCGAUGGUGGAAGUACAAAACAACGGAUUGUGUUACAACAAGAUCCCAAGAACACGACGACACGAAGCGGAAGUUUCAUCGAGCAAGAGCCCCAGAAGGAGAGUAAGAGGUGUCAGGUUGUGGCUAGUAAAUCUGAGCAGGAGCAAAACUGA